GGUAGAAAAAACAAAGAUUUAUUACAUAAAUUAUAAAACAUAUAUUUUCCUUUUUCUUUUAUCGCUUUGAGCAAUAUGACAUUUUUUAACGUGGAUAGCACCUUUUAGACUCCCCCAGGUGCGCCGUGGUGGAUUCUACCGUUUUCCCGCAAUAAGGUGGAUUUUUAACUAGCUUUUGAAUUUCACGUGAACUGUCAAUGAUAUAAGUAGGACAGCUCGUUUGGGAAAGCAUACGCAUAAAAGAAAACAGUGACAGAGAGUCUUUCUGAUUUCUACAAGUCGCUUCGUUUGGAUUAUUACAAAGUCAACGGCAUACAUGUACAACUACGGAAACCAAGGCAGAGGAAUCGAUCGGACCUUCCAAGAUAACAGCCCUGGAUCAGGCUCGAGCUCUGCGUCUCUCACUACAACCACUGUCACAACUCAACAACAACAACAACAACAGCAGAAGUAUUCUGUGGCGGGAUCCAGUCAGUUUGUGCCUAGUCUCAAUGCUAUAACUUCAAGCCAGGAUCUUCAAUGGAUGCUUCAGCCCUCCCUUUUGGGCUCCGCAGGCCCAUCCAGGCCACUCCGACCAUCUUACCCACUGCCACCAAGAGUGCCAGCAAUGAAUCCUGGUCAACCACGUCUAUCCCGACCAGGUGUUAUCAGAGCAGCUUUGGGUGUCGGAAGCUCAACACGAAGCAGAAAUGAUGAGCAUCUGUCCGCUGAGGAGCUUGAGAGGCGAAGAAUUCGAAGGGAACGAAACAAAAUGGCUGCGGCAAAAUGCAGGAAUCGUCGCCGUGAACUAACUGAGACCUUGCAAAAUCAAACUGACCAGCUAGAGGAUGAAAAAUCACGUCUGCAGAAAGAGAUCACUGAGCUCCAGAAGCAAAAAGAGAAGCUUGAGUUGGUCCUUGAGGCUCAUAGACCCAUCUGCAAAGUCCAAGACUCGGACUCUGAUUCUGACUCCGACACUGACCUCCCUGCCCUGAGUACCAUCAAGAUAGAGCCUGUUGACCCAGAUCUUCCUGGACCCUCUGGAGAAUCAAAGAGUCACACCAAGCCUAAUAAACCCAAACCCAAAAUAACCAUCCCACCUCCAGCUUUUUCCUCCUCUGUUGCCAGUGUACCUCUGGAAUCUGAGUCUCUUCACACCCCUAUCCUCAUUUCCACUCCUUCUCUGACCCCUUUUUCUGCUAACCUGGUCUUCAGCUAUCCCUCUUCUUCACUGGAUACCAGCUCUGCUGCUUCAUCUCAAACUCUCAGUCUGUCCUCCUCUCAGCAUGGUCUCAGCCAGUCUUCUCGAAACCCUCAGCCGUGUAGCAUUGCUCAUCGUCGCAGCAGCAGCAGUGGGGAUCAGUCAGAUCAAUCUCUUAAUUCACCAACCAUCCUCACCCUUUGAUUACUCAUCUACUGUGCAUCCAGGGUCUUUAGAACACCACAGUUGUCCUUAGUACUACAUAAAAGCAUAACAAGUACAACAGUGUUGCAUGUGUUAUGCUUUUACUUGUGUAUUCUGUGACAUUUAUCAACCAGUGUCAAUGCAUUAUAAGAAAACAGAAGCACUAACAAGUUAAACUGUGUGCAUGUAAGAAUGUCUAUUGCAAAGUAGAAGGUAAUUGACUUUAUUCACAGCAGCGCCAUCUUUGAUUUUUGAUGGGAACAACAAUGAGGCUGUGAGGGAUAGACCUUACAGUCUCUCUAAUGGGUUGUACAUUUGUUGAAAGUGUUUUUCUAUUUUUCUGUCAAUGAAUCAUUGAAAAAAUAUAUUUACAAGAAAUGUCAGUAGACAUAGAAUCUCCAGACAAAAGUUGUGGAAAAUUAGAUGUGAUCUAGGAGCUUUUUCAUAGCUUUAUAGAGUGGAUGCCAAUGAAGAGUCUAUCCCUCACAGCUUCGUUUUCAUUUCUGUCAAAAAAUCAAAGAUAGCACUACUGUGAAUAAAGUCUAUUGAAUCCUUCAUUUGAUGUAGACCGAAAUCAUUAGAGCACUGUCUGAUAUAGUAACACUAAAAAAAUUGAUGGACUUUAAAGAUGCACUCAGUAAUUUUUUCCCCAAAAGUUUCACACAUGAAGUGUGUGUAGUACUUUUGAAAAAUUAUGUACACUCACAUCUGAUGAAGACCUCAGUGCUAUCAGUGUGGUGGGAUUUACUUUACAUGACCGGCUGAAUACCACUUCAUUUCGGUUACCCCGAAAUUAUUUGUUAUUGGACACUUUGGCUUAAUACAUUUAUCAUUGGUGACAAAUACAUCUGUGAAUAAGACAUUUUUAUAAUGACAAUGCUUUUGUGUAAUACUACUACAUCCAUGCCAACAGGUCUGAUAUACUGAUAGCAUCUUUAAGCCCUUAACAUUUUACUGUAGUAGCAUUAGUGUUAUUGACAUAUUAAUUUACUUCACUUACAUAUUUAUUAACAAAUACAUAGAUUGGUGGUGGUACUGUAGCAGUUAAAUAAGGUUGUUAGGGAGCUGGACAGAACAAUUCAGAUCUAUUAUGCCAUUAUGCCCCUCAAGAAGGGAUGUGACCUUACUUCAGGGGGACCUAUUAAAAAAAAAAAGGGAAAAAAUAUUUAUUUUUAUUGUUAACAAUUAUAGAAAUGGUAAAGUCUAAAUUAGAGUAUUACCUAAUUUUAAUGGGUUAUACCAUCGUACUAUGCAAUGGUUGUGAAUGCACACAAUAUUCUUUUUUGUGUUUUGUUAUUGUUUUUUUUUUUUAUAGUAGUUUUAAGUGAUACAAAGUUGUAAUGAGUGCAUUCUGAAUAAGCUAGUUCAAAAGAAACUGAAGGGAUGUAGCCUAUUCCUGCAACACCACAAUAGAACACUGGGCAUGAGCACUACAAUAGCAGUUUCAUCAUUACACUGGUUGCUAAGUAAUAUUUUAAAAGAUACUUCGUUGAACAUUUCAGUGGUUACUUACUCCACACAUUUUUCUAUAAAGUACAAAGUUGUAUGAUGUUCACAGGCCUGUAGUAAUUUAUUAAAUCUUCACUUUAUGUUUAACUGAGCACACUAUAUGUUAGACUCUACUAUAGCUUGACUACACAAGUAUAGAUUUGUAUUUAUAUUUUAAAACCUCUAUUUUUUCUAUUUUUUACUGAUUUAUGUUAGUUCCUUUAAUAAGGAGAAACGUUGCAUGCUAUUUACCAUCUAAUAAAAAAUGACUGAAAAUAAAAGCUUUUAACAGGAAUAAUUAGCAAAAGAAAAUAUUUAAAUAACUUCUGAGCUGUUUUGGAAACUACUUGUGUGCCUUAACGCUAUGUUUCUCUCUCUCUCUCUCUUUUUUUUUUUUUUUUUGUAUAAAAAAUGUUGUAAGGAUUUGUAUUAUGAUGCAGUUGAAGUUGAUAUGUUGCCUCUUCAAGGACCUGUAUUUGUAUUCCUUUAUUUCAGGAGGCACACAGUUAAAUAAUAUGACUGAAGCAGAUCUUUAGUAAGUUACAUAUUAUGUGAGUCCCUCUCAACACAGUGGUAUGAGGAGGGAGGAAAGGAGGGGUGUGCACACCGUUUCCUCCUAGGAUGUCCUGAUGACAAAAAGAGUUAAAUAACUCACAAACACAUUUGCCGCCGAACUGAAACUAGAUGUUACUUCAACCUUUAAGAAUUUCCUAAACAGUGUUAAUCAUUAAUGGAUGAAUGAGAGAUGGACAAUAGAACAAGAAAUAAAGAAGUUCUACUCAGGAAAAACUAGAGUCAUCAGUUGUGUCUGUGUCAAAACUAGAAAACACAAAUAAUGUGCUGGGAGACAGAGCUGAUUGAAUUGUAGAACUUUGCUUGCUAUGACAGAUGUGUGAAGAUAUACUGUAUAUGAUGUCAGUUAAGAAAGGAUCCUUAUCAGCAUAAUGUAUCUUGGAAGAAAUAAAAUAUGUGGUAAAACAGAAAGAGUAUAUAAGGUAGGAGAUGCUAAGGCAACUUAAAUAUAUGAAGAGUAAAUUAAAUAUUCAUUGUGACCCUGUUUCUUGCACACUAAGCCUCUAUUAUCUCUAAUUUCAAGUGAGUCAAGUGAGUGCAGGCUAUGAGAACAUAUGAUUGAGAUAAUCAAGAGAGAGUUUGUACUGAGUGAACCAGUGAGCACAUGUUCUGCUGAAAGGACCACUGUAUGCUCUGCAGAGUAAAAGUAUUACUGUUCUGGCCUUGCUGCUGUGCAAACAGCAUGCCAAAAAUAAACCAGUGAAAAAUCCACAAAUUAAAUACUUGACUAAGGCCUUGUUAAAGGAACAGUUCACCCAAUAUUGUACAGUAUAUUCUGUUCUAAUUUACUCACCCUCAUGUCAAUCCAAACUCAGUCACUAUUUCACAUUACAUUGCAUCUUUUUGUUCUCCAUACAAUGAAAGUAAAUAGUGACUGUGGCUAAGAUUCUGCCAAACAUCUCCUUUUGUGUUCCAUGGUAGCAAGCAUGCCAUAGGGGUUCGGAACAGCAGGAGGGUAAGUAAAGAUGACAACGUUUUCAUUUGUGGGUGA